UUCCGCGUCGUAAAAUAAUCCGCCAUGUUUUAUGAAAUAUUUUCAAAAUAAAGGAAUAACAAAUGUGCGCCUUGUUCCCAAAUGAUUCAAAACUUAAAAUCCAGUACGAUCUUAAUAAAUUCUUGGUUGUAAAGUAACGUGUAUUAAAAUUUAUGUCUGUCGCCUCGCACCUUGAAUCGACCUACAGCUGUUUCCCGCCAAUUAUUACUCAUUCUUCUUCAACGAAGGCGACCCGAGCGUGAACUGUCGGUGUACUAUCACAAAUAAUUCAAGUUUAACCUAUAUUUACAAUUGGAUUUUUACAAAAAGUGGAAUAUUAUGUCAGUUUAUUCAAGGAAUAGUGAAAGAAGGAGAGUUUUACCGGAAUAUUGCAACGAAGACAAGGAAUAUUCCCAAUGUUAUGGAAGUCAGGAGGAUGGCCAUGGUCAUUUAGAAAGUGAAAAGAAAGUACGAAGGGAAAUUGCCAACAGCAAUGAAAGGAGACGAAUGCAAAGCAUUAAUGCUGGAUUUCAGUCACUGAAAACGCUCAUACCACAUAGCGAUGGAGAAAAACUGAGCAAGGCUGCUAUUCUUCAGCAUACUGCUGACUUCAUCCAGAAUCUGAAAAGAGAGAAGGACAGGCUUGAAUCAGAGAAUUCUCAACUCCAGAAAAUGUUGACUGGAAGUGCAUUUGGCUCUCCACCUCGGAAGCGCUGGAAGAGGGAUACAGAAUCUUCAGAUGAAGGCAUCACAGCUGACUAUGAUGAGUUGUCCAUUGAUGAUGUCCGUCGGGAAAUGGUGGCUAUGAAAUGUCAGCUUGAAAGGGAAAGGAGACUCCGCAUAGAAUUAGAGAAACAUUCAUACCCAAGCAACAUUAGAGAGCUUGCCAAUCAAGUGCAGAUAGUUCAAAUGCAGACCGACAAUGUGGUUUAUGUUGAUAGCACAGAGGAUGUGAAAGAGGAAAUAGAGAUGAAAACAGACGAGGACAAACCAGUUCUUAUUGGAAAAGACCAUGAUUCUCAGGAAUCUGUGUCAAGUAGAAACAUUGCUACGAUUGUAGAAGCUAUUCGUCAUCUGGAAGGUGAUCGGCUAGGCUUUGAGGAACACCGGCAUGAACAUUCCAUUCCCCAUAGCGAAGAGGAUGAGAAAGAAAGCAGUGUUACGAGUGACCAAGAAGACAUGGUGAAUUCGGACAGUGAUUCACCGAUGUCGUACCGACCCCAACAGCAUAUAGACAUUAAAUACCACACAGAAGUUUUACACUCGCCCCAUUUAGAACAUUAUGUAUAUCGUCCCGGUGUUAUAGUUCAGAAAUCCUAGGAUCACUUCAUCCACCUCAUUGUUUUCAUUUGUAAAUAUGUCAUUGCCGAUUCAUUUUCAUUUCUGUUGCUAACUGUCAUUUUUUGUACAUUUUUGAAUCAUAAGAAAAAGGAAGUUUUGCUCAAAUUACACUUAAUGAACUUGAUUCAACAUUUUUUCUCCUAGAUUACCUCUGACGGCUGGAUCAUAUGAAUUACAAAACAUAAAUAGAGUGUUAUAAAAUGCUUCUUUUAUACUUGUCUGCACAUAGAGUUCAGUUUUACGGAAUUACUGUAAAAUAAACAUUUUUUAAUUUUAAAGAUUUGAUGUACAAGUCUGACUAAUAUACAUAAAAUAGAAAUCAUGGAAGUUCAAAGGUAAAAAAAAAUCACAGUGCUGUGUGUAAAAUAGACUGUCUGAAUUACAUUUGAAAAGUAGAACAUUUGAUGGAUCAAGUUUACAUGUGUACAUACAUAUAUGUCUUGUGUUUUUUUCUUUUUUAAAUGCUUGUGAUCUAGGACUAUUUUCAUUCAUAGCUUUAACUAUCAUCAGUGUGACAUUUCAUUCCAUUUCUUUCUUAAUUUUGUUAAGGUUUUUUUCAACAUGUGCUUUUGGUGUGAACAAUUUAAAGAAGAUAACAUUUGUAAAAUUAAAUCAGUACUCUUUAAAUUGAAAAUGUUAUGA